GACCGGCGUGACGUUUGGUUUGGGAAACAAAAGUGAAAAACUGCUUCGUAUCAGCAUUAAGUGUAUAUAACAGAGUUGCUGCGCCGCUUUUACGCCUUUUUGGAAUGCUGACCUGCGAGAUCUGCGGCGAGGAGAUGCUGCCGGAGGCCGACAUGAGGACUCAUCUGCUCCUCGGCCACCUGGAGGGAGAGCUGAGUUGUCCGAUGUGCCCGCUGGCAGGAGUCACCUACGAUGACCUUCAGUUUCACAUCGACACGGCGCACUCGGAGAACGAGCCCUCGCGUCCGGGGAAACGCUGCGUGGAAGAAGAGAGCGAAACCCAAGCACGUGCUUCAGGGGGCAGAAGCUCGGCGGGUGCAUCCCGCAGUGCUGGUAGACGGUGUCCUGGAGGAGAUGCUGGGGAGCCCACAGUGAAGCGUGGUCCUCUCCAAUCUCCAUUCCACACUCCAGAGAAUGCACACCUACAACCUCUUCAGGAGGCAGAAGCAGGAAAACUCACGCUGACUUCACACAAAGCUAUGAAAGGGAAUUUAAUGCCACGGAAAUCUGACAGCACAGAUGAGACGCUCGUGGCCUCUCCCAGGAAAGAGUUCUCAUGUCCAAUGUGUGCCCUGGUGUGCAGUGACUGUUUCGUCUUACAAGAACACGUGGAACUGCACCUGGAUGCCACACAGGUCAAGGUCAAAGAGGAUUUUGAGUCUGACCUGCAGUUGGCCAGACAGCUCCAGGAGGAAGAGGACUUAAGGUCUAGAAGACAGGAAGCUAAACGUGAAGCAGAAGACUUCAAGAAGUUGCAGGGGCAGUAUGGGUUGGAUGGCAGAGGGGGCUACCGUAGACAGCUGGAGACGUGCAUGGAAAGGGCCGUGUCGCGGGGACACAUGGCACCACUGGAAUUCCACAGGAAGAAGGCUGAGGUGAUGGAAUGCCUGGCAUCCGGAGUAGAUGAUGGCAAAAGCAGAACAUCGGGUUUGAUGGCAGCUCUCUAUGAAUACUACCUCAAGAAUGGACAAGACAUCGCAAAUGUGUGGCUCAGUGCAGAAACUGAUCACUAUUCCUCUUCAGAAGGGGACCGGGGAUGGGGGUGCGGCUACCGGAACUUUCAAAUGCUUCUCUCAUCCCUGCAGAAGAUGGAACUAUACAGAGACUGUUUGACAGAUGGUACGGUACCCAGCAUUCCUCGUGUGCAGGCUCUAAUAGAGGAGGCCUGGCGGGAGGGUGCUGACCCUCAGGGGGCGUCUCACUUCAAACAUCGCCUCCAGGGAACACGAGCCUGGAUCGGAGCAACAGAAAUAUAUUCCCUGUUAACCUCCCUCAGAGUCAGAGCUCGCAUCGUGGACUUUGACCAACCCACUGGUCCCGGGAGCACCCACCCCAAAUUGUUUGAAUGGGUGAAGACCUACUUCUCCGCUUCCAGUAGCAGAGGUGCUAGGCUACCUCCUCGUGUGGCGAAGAGCUCACAGCCGCCCAUUUACCUCCAGCACCAAGGCCACAGCCGUACAAUUGUGGGAAUAGAGCAAAAGAAGAACGGUACCCUGUGCCUCCUCGUUUUUGACCCUGGGUGCCCGCUGGAGGACAUGCGGCGCUUGCUGACCCCUGGACUCGGAGCCAGCAGCGUGCGGCUCUUCCGCAAGUUCCCCAGCCAGCUGAAGCACAAGCAGUACCAGGUAGUUUCUGCAGAGGGAGUUCUUUCUCCAGAGGAAAAACAGCUCCAAAUAGAAACCUCAAAAACCUUGCGGGCAGAAAGGAUUCCUUGACGUUACAAGCAUCUCAGUGGAAGCAUUCCCAUUGUAUGGAACUGGACAUUGUGAAUCAGGAAUGUGUGGUUUUUGUUUUAAAGGAGUAUUUUCUUAAUGUUUUGUGAAUUUUAUAAAUUAAAUUAAUAAAUCUUUUCUUCCCAAAAGGAACCAGAUGUGUUCAUUGAAUGAGACAUUAAUAUACCAUAUAGAGAUACAGUAUUUGCGCUAUUGCAUAGCAGUCAAAUG